AUGGCCGAAAAAUCGAAGAAACCAAAGGACCAGACUGAAGUCAAAAUAACGAAAUCUGUCAUGCAAAAUAACUGGGGGAGGUUGAAGGAGAUACGAUUCACAGACAUCGUUGAUACUUUGAUAGAACGAUAUCUUAUAAGCAUUGAUGAGAGUAGAGAGUUUAGAGGAAAGACAGUGGAGCACCAACAAAUGGAAGCUCUCCUUUAUGUGGUUUUUAAAAAAUCACAAGAUUACUUAGACAAAUUUUUUGCCGUUCUUGCUGAAAAAGGCUACAACCACAUUGUUCAGAUACUUAAAGAUCAAGCUGCCAAAACUUCCAACAGAGACUCUAAACUCGACAGAGAUGUUGUUCCCAAGAAAAGUUUAAGUUUGAUUGAUGAAAUCAAAGAAAUGCAAGUUAAUUUUCACCAGUUACAAAUGAAAGCUAUGCAAGAUCUAUUCAAACUGUUGAAACGAGAUCAGUCAGAGCAAAUGUUGGAACUAAGGAAGCAUUUUGAAAGUGUCAUAGAAGAAAAACUUACCGAUUUAAGACAAAAUGAGGAAAAGCUGAGAGAGGCGGAAAAAGAAAAACAAAGACUAAAAUCCUGUCUUCAAGAGUUACAGAAAAAACUUGACCUAAAACCAGAAAGAAGGAGAGAUACGGUUAAAACAAAUAAAGAAUUUAAAGGUCUGCAAAGAGAGAAUGAUCGCUUGAUACGGGAAAUGGAUAUAGCAAUGAAGAAAAUAAAGAAACUUGAACACGAUAACAAGUCACUUCGAGAUGAAAUCAAAGAAAUCCAUCGAAAACAAAUAGGGAUGCUGGAGGUAAUUAUUGCCUAA